ACAUCCACCACAAAAACCAGUGAAACCACUUCAAUAAGCACCACAGAAACCAGUGCAACCACCACAACAAGUACAACAGAAACCAGUGCAAGUACCACAACAAGCACCAUAGAAACCAAAACCAGUGAACCCACCUCAACAAGUACCACAAAAACCAGUGAACCAACAUCAACAAGUACCACAGAAACCAGUGCAACCACCUCAACAAGUACCACUGAAACCACUGAACCCACCUCAACAAGUAUCACUGAAACCACUGAACACACUUCAACAAGUACCACAGUAACCAGUGAAACCACCUCAACAUCCACCACAAAAACCAGUGAACCCACUUCAACAAGCACCAUGGAAACCAGUACCACAGAAACCAGUGGAAGUACCUCAAAAAGCACCACCAAAACUAGUAAACCCACUUCAACAAUUACCACAAAAACCAGUGAAACCACCUCAACAAGUACCACUGAAACCACUGAACCCACCUCAACAAGCACCACAAAAACCAGUGAACCCACUUCAACAAGUACCACAGAAACCAGUGGAAGUACCUCAACAAGAACCACCAAAACCAGUGAACCCACUUCAACAAGUACCACAGUAACCAGUGAAACCACCUCAACAUCCACCACAAAAACCAGUGAAACCACUUCAAUAAGCACCACAGAAACCAGUGCAACCACCACAACAAGUACAACUACAACAAGUACCACAGAAACCAGUGCAAACACCUCAACAAGUACCACUGAAACCACUGAACCCACCUCAACAAGUAUCACUGAAACCACUGAACCCACCUCAACAAGCACCACAAAAACCAGUGAACCCACUUCAACAAGUACCACAGUAACCAGUGAAACCACCUCAACGUCCACCACAAAAACCACUGAAAUCACUUCAAUAAGCACCACAGAAACCAGUGCAACCACCACAACAAGUACCACAGAAACCAGUGCAAGUACCACAACAAGCACCACAGAAACCAGUGUACCCACCUCAACAAAAACCAGUGCAACCACCUCAACAAGUCCCACAAAAACCAGUGAAACCACCUCAACAAGCACCACAAAAACCAGUGAGCCCACUUCAACAAGUACCACAGAAACCACCACCACAACAACUACCACAAAAACCAGUGAAACCACCUCAACAGGUACCACUGAAACCACUGAACCCACCUCAACAAGUACCACCAAAACCACUGAACCCACCUCAACAACCACCACAAAAAGCAGUGAACCUACCUCAACAAUUACCACAGAAACCAGUGGAAGUACCUCAACAAGCACCACCAAAACCAGUGAUCCCACUUCAACAAGUACCACAGAAACCAGUACAACCACCUCAACAAGCACCACAAAAACCAGUGAAACCACUUCAACAGGUACCACAGACACCAGUGCAACCACUGCAACAAGCACCACAAAAACCAUGAAACCACUUCAACAGGUACCACAGAAAACAGUGAACCCACGUCAACAAGCACCACAAAAGACACUGAACCUACUUCAACAAGGACCACAGAAACCAGCAGAAGUACCACAGAAAGCACUGAGCCCACCUCAACAAACACCACAAGAAACACAGAUCUCACUUCAACAAGUACCACAGAAACCAGUGGAAGCACCACAACAAGCACAACAGAAACCAGUGAAAACACCUCAACAGGUACCACAGAAACCAGUGGAAGUACCUCAACAAGCUACAUGCAAACCAGUGAAGUCACCACGUUCAGAACCACAGAAGCAAGUGAAGCCACUUCAACAGGUACCACAGAAAGCACUGAGCCCACCUCAACAAACACCACAAGAAACACAGAUCUCACUUCAACAAGUACCACAGAAACCAGUGGAAGCACCACAACAAGCACAACAGAAACCAGUGAAAACACCUCAACAGGUACCACAGAAAGCACUGAGCCCACCUCAACAAACACCACAAGAAACACAGAUCCCACUUCAACAAGUACCACAGAAACCAAUGGAAGCACCACAACAAGCACGACAGAAACCAGUGAAACCACCUCAACAGGUACCACAGAACCAGUGUGCACACCUCAACAAGCACAAAAAACAGUGA